AUGGGAUCCCAACAGCGGUCGGAACCUAAGGUGUUCCUUUCAAACGAGCGCACGCUCAUCAACUGGCUCCACCAGACCGUCCUGCUGGGAAGCGUGUCCGCGGGAAUGCUAGGCGUAUCGACGCACGCGCACCACCACUGGGGCGAGGACUACUCCACGUCGGCCAAGCUGGUUCGCGCCGCCGCCCUCAGCGGCCUCGGCCUGGCCAUCGUGAUGACCGCCUACGCCGCGAAGACCUUCUACGUGCGACACAAGAAGAUCAGACGAAAGGAGGACGGCCCGUACGACGACCUGCUGGGUCCGGUGGCCAUGUCGGUCAUUUUCAUCGUCGGCAUGUUCCUCGCGCUGGGCUACACGGCGUACCGAUUCUUCGAGAGCCGCCUGUGA